GCGUUGGGGAGAUUUAUGCGAAAACAACUGUGGCCACUGUCUAGAUGACUACUGUUACGAUUGGAAUGGGUAUUGCAAAAAUGGUUGUGAGAGCGGUUACAAAACGACAGAUAUGUGCUUCGAUGAGUGUGAAGAUGGUCGAUUUGGGAAGGGGUGUUUCGAUACUUGUGGUCAUUGUUUGGACGGGUUGGCGUGCAACAAGAUGACUGGAUACUGUGAUCAAGGUUGUGCACCGGGCUGGACUGCGCUACCAACCUGCAAACAAGAAUGUGAAGGUGACACGUACGGUCUCAUGUGCCACAAAAGCUGCAGUCACAAAUGUGAAGGUGGGUGUAACAAAGUUGAUGGUGCAUGCAAUGGGUGUGUGGACGGCUGGAAGCGAAAAUUUUGCGGUGAGGGAAAAAUUUAA